CAGUGACAUCCAACGUCCGUAUCUUACAAGUCACAUGCUUCACUCGUUUGAUAAAGAUGACAUGCAAUGAAUAGGCCCCAAGAUGACCCAUUCUCACGUCCGUUUUGACUGACUACCAAACCCACGGCGACAUGCCAAAGACUGCCCUACGAGCUGCGGUCAGUCCGCAAGGCUUGACCAUCUCCUGCCUGUCGCCCAGAAGUCUACUCAGCCCAUCCUCACCUCGUUCGUCAUCUCACAGGGGAAGGUUCGAUCACAUCCAGUGGUUGCGAUCCACAGCGUUUCGGGACGGUCUGCCAAGGCCAAGCCUGAUGCAAAGGAAUAGCACCGCUAUUGACAAGUCACUCCGAAACCCUUCCGCAUCGCCAACACCUCAACGGCUAGAGAAUGGCACAGGCAAUGAACGUCGUCAAAAUAGAGUUCAUUCCCAAACACAGUCGCCAGUCCACAGCGGCAGGGGAGCGAGUAGCAUCAAGACCGCCGCGUUGUUGUCCAGUUAUGAGGUCGGGCCGAGUGUACAGGACCCUGAGAGCAUGGUGCAAGAUGCAAAAGCGGUGCCGAUCCGCAAGUGACUGGCCCCUUUUUCCUGGUUUCCUUACCCGCAAUGUUGACAGCUUGGCUCGAGACUUUGAAUACGCACGAGCCCAUCUGCCCGUCCUCGC